CAAAUAUCUUGUGUGUGUUUGUGUGCAGUUUGUGUGAGAGAAAGAGAGAGUAAGAGCGACGAGAGCUCGGCAUCAAAGUCACAUUAAAAACAUAUCCAUGAGUUACUUAAAAUUAAUCACUAACAUAAUCACUGUGAUUCUCAACUGAGCCUGCCCGUCUCUAUAUCAGUGUUUUGUGCGUGUUCCUAUAUAUGUACAUAUGAGAGUGUGUCUGUUUAUGUGUUUGUGUGCGUAAAACUAUAAAAAGCACUUAAAUGUUUUCCCAAGCAUUUUCUGAAUUUGCCACCGAAUACGAUAGCGGGAUCGUGGAAUAGAGUCAUAAAAGAUCUGUUGCAAGCAUCAACAGCGGGAACACAAAACAACAAUCUAUCAAUAAAUUUUCAAACGACAACCCAUAGCCCACGCGUUCAAAAUCACCCAAUGUAAAGCAAUUUGAUUUAUUGUCUAGUGCAUAACAUUUUGCACCCGACUUAACUUAGUGUCAUUCACAUAGAAGUCCCAAUAAAACAAGAAUCAGCACUAAAUAUAUAAACUAUCAUUACUAUUACUAGUUUUGAGAUUCAAAAAGUAUUGCCAAAAAUCCGACGGCGAGACGUUAUUCCAGUUUGCCGAUUGUACGGCGCCAAGUGGAUUAAUUUAAAUUUCUUUCCAUAAAUUAGAGCCUCGCAAGCUCAGACACAGCCACAUCUUGGAUUUGCUUUCACCACAGUUGGAAGACACCGGCCUCAAGACGACGACAUUCUUGCAACAUUUUAAGGACGUCGUCACGACGAAGUUCACCGGCAGAGAUCACCAUCUCCCGCCACUGCAUCCGGCGCAUCCAGCGCACCAGCAGUCCGCCCUGCAUCAUCAUCAUCAGCCGCACCAGGCUGUGGCCCAGAGUUUUUCCACCAUUUUUCCAACGUAUCUGGGCAUGGACCGCGCCGCUGCCGGCGGCUGCGGUGCCGCUGGAGGCGGCCUUGGCGUCGUCACCAGUUCGGCCACAGCCCUCGGUCCGGCAGGCCUGGUCAAUGGGGGCGGUGGCGUCGGCAUAGGCGUGGGUGGUGCCCUCAAUGGCCUGGAAGCCAUGUCGGCCGAAUCGACAGGCCUGUGUCUGCAGGAUUUGGUCAGUGCGGGCACAGCCAACGGGGCUGGCUCGGCUGGAUCUGCGGAAAGUGCCACCACCACAAGCACAGCCCUAAGCAGCGGCAGCACUGGUAGCUCGACAGUGAAUGGCGGAGGUAGCAGCACCUCUGGCACAGAGCAUCUGCACAGUCACCACAGUCUGCAUGAUUCCAGCUCAUCGGUUAGCAUCUCUCCCGCCAUAUCGAGUCUGAUGCCCAUCAGCAGUCUCAGUCACUUGCAUCACACGGCCACCGGACAGGAUCUGGUCGGUGGCUAUAGCCAGCAUUCGCAUCAUGGUGUCGUACCACCGCAUACACCCAAACACGAACCGCUCGAGAAACUCAGAAUUUGGGCCGAAACUGGUGAUUUUCGUGAUAGUCAUAGCUCCAUGACCGCCGUAGCAAAUAGUUUGGAUAGCACACACUUGAAUAACUUUCAAUCAUCGACAACAUCCACGUUAACGAAUCGAAAUCGGGAUCGCAAAGAUGGUAAUCGAAAUGUGAAUGAGACAACAAUCAAGACAGAAAACAUAUCAAACUCUGGCCAUGAUGAACCGAUGACAACCAGCACCGAUGAGCCCAAGAACGAUAAGAAGAACAAACGACAGAGGCGUCAGCGAACACAUUUCACCUCACAGCAGCUGCAGGAGUUGGAGCAUACAUUUAGCCGUAAUCGAUAUCCGGAUAUGUCAACGCGCGAGGAAAUCGCCAUGUGGACAAAUCUAACCGAGGCUCGAGUCCGGGUGUGGUUCAAGAAUCGUCGUGCCAAGUGGCGCAAGCGUGAGCGGAAUGCCAUGAAUGCGGCGGUGGCUGCUGCUGACUUUAAAUCUGGAUUUGGUACCCAAUUCAUGCAACCCUUUGCCGAUGAUUCGCUGUAUACAUCGUAUCCGUACAACAAUUGGACCAAGGUGCCAUCGCCGUUGGGCACAAAGCCAUUCCCCUGGCCUGUUAAUCCAUUGGGCUCGAUGGUCACCAGUAAUCAUCAUCAGAAUUCGGUCAAUUGUUUCAAUACUGGGGCCAGCGGGGUAGCGGUGAGCAUGAACAAUUCGAUGCUGCCGGGAACAAUGGGCUCAACGUUGACCAACACGAAUGUGGGAGCUGCCCCCUGCCCGUAUACGACACCCACCAAUCCGUAUAUGUAUCGAGCCGCGGCCGAACCCUGCAUGAGCUCCAGCAUGUCAUCAAGCAUUGCCACCUUGCGAUUGAAGGCCAAGCAGCAUGCCACCGGAUUUAGCAGCCCCUAUUCGGCCCCCUCGCCCGUAUCGCGUUCCAAUUCGGCUGGUCUGUCGGCCUGCCAGUACACGGGUGUGGGGGUCACCGAUGUUGUCUGAGAAAAC